AUGCUCACUGACAUGGCAGUCCGCUCUCUUUUACAGGCAUCAUUUCUCCCGCCAAAUGAGACGGAAAGGCAACAAAGCCCAAGACAGGCCACCGCUUCGCCAGACCCCUUCUCCCACUUUACAAUCAACGGGUGUAAUUCGGGCUUCUUCAAGCGGCCAGACUUAGAUGAACAAUUUUUGAAGCUUCUCGCUCAGCCGGUUUUAUGCCAUCCGUGGGUUGAAGACUUACCGCAUACGGGAAUCACUCAUCUUUAUAUCACUGGUAAUCAAAUGUCCGUGGAGGCUGUGGCGAGUCUUUUGCUUUCAUCCCGGCUAUAUGCUCUGGAUUUCGGGACCAUAAAAUCUCCGGAUAAGGCACACCAGACGCAUCAUUAUGGGAAGGAGAAGUAUCCCGGAGCUGAGAAACUAGUGCCAAUCUUGGGUAAGGUCGCAGGGGACAACUUGAUAUAUUUCCGGGCGCAUCACGCAGUUCUCACUGGCCAACCACCAGCUAAAGACGUUGCAUCCAGUGUUGAACUUCUUCCAGAGCUUUCAGCAGAAGAGGGCCCCCGUGAAGUCGAACAGUUCGAGUUGGAUGGUACCCAGCAAUUUUAUGAGUUGCCUGGAGAGACAAGGCCUGCCUUUGAGCUUGCGGAUACAUCAAUAAACAACUCAAUUAGCCCAUCUUCGACGACAAAAAGUGUUCAGACUUCCCAGCCAUUGACAGUCUACGAGGAUGAACCUGCACCACUGGUCAGGCGUGGUUCGGCUUUUGCUCCAGAGGUUGUACAACCCAUAUAUGUGCAUAGCAGUACUGACCAUGGCACGCCCUCUAGUCCUUCUGGGACAGACACGUGGGAUAUAGGGCAGGCCGAGGGAAGCACCUUGCCUUCUAUUUCAAUGUCUUCGGACGGCGACACUUUUGCGACAGACUUGUCUCUGGGUCGAACAUUGCAGUGUAGCUCCCCAAUCUCAUCCAAUGAUUCCCUCGUACAAAUAGUACAAGAAUUAUUGGCGAAGCGACCGCGUAACCAAUCACUUCCGCUUCGGGGAGGAAAAGAAAGCUGGUACCCUUACCUACACCCAUCACAUAUUCCUCACAUGGAAUCUUUGGUACUGACAGACGUACCCUCGCAUGUGGCGCCUAACUCAUCGAUAUUAUCUGCGCUCACUCGGUUCAUUACUGCAUGCUCAAACGAAGCAUUGCUAGCGACUCUACAAGCAGGGUCAGACUAUUCUCUCCCGCCAGGGCAAGCGCGCAUGCAAGCCGAGCAGCAGCGGUCACGAUCUCUCUUUGGCUUGCGGCGUCUAGUUCUCGAAAUUACACCCGUUGAUACCUCUAAAUUGACAUCAUGGAAGCCCGGGAACCAAUAUAAUGCCACAGGCCAUUCAAGCACGGGUGACCGCGAUUCUGAGAAUCUUUGGUCUGCAGCUACAAAUGAUUUCAGCUUCUUUGGUGAAGAAGAGUGCGGAGUCCCUGAAAAUGAUCCUGGCAAAUACUUUCCAAUGGCUGUGCUUAAUGACAAGGUCUCGCUUAUGCCGGAAGAUGACUCGUUGCAUUCACCAGAUCCGCCGAAGACUGCUGGAGAUGGAAAGCAGCAGUGUGAGGCCCCGAUGAUUGACCUUGUGGCGGAGCUUGCGGCCUUUCGUCGCGGCAAGAAGGCCGAGUAUGAGCAAGUUGUUCGUCGUGAAAGGAUACGGCGAAGCACGAUUAGCGCGGGUGCUUCUGGCCUACUUAUGCCAUCAUCGCCCCAUAUUUCUCUCUCACAUUACGUCGAAGGCCAUUGGAGGGGGGAAGUGAAGAUCGUUCGGAACCCGAUGCCAAAGGUGCGGACCGGCAUGGUAGACAUGUAUGGAAACUAUUUCGAGAAGGGGUACUUGUACCCAUGA